CUCCGGGAUUGAUGUUCUAAGUGCAGCCACCAGUUGGCACCCGCGAAUUGGAGCGGAAAAUCGAGAUUUUUCCAGCCGUAGUUCCUCCACUGGAAGAGUGAGUGGGUGGUGAGAGGGAAAAGGAGGGUGCACUGGUGAAGAAGAAAAACAGUUUAUUGCCACUAUCUCUUGGGGGGAAAGGUUGAAAUUGCGUCGCGACCAUCACCUUGUGGCGGAAUCUACGGAGGCAAGGUGGUCGCGUCCGCCAGCUUGUAGCGUCUUCGGUGCGACCCGGGUCCCGGCAGGUGGCCGCAGCCGCAACGCUGGAGCUCAUCCGGAAGAAAAUGAAACCGUACCAGCCGUCGGAGAAGCUGGUCGUGCGGGACAGCGUUUCGCUAUCUAUGGACGAGGACCUGAGCGACGACGUCGAGGAUGAGGUCUUCAUCCGGGAUGGGCGCACCUGCAGGACGUACGAGGACCGUGGGGCCAAGCGACCGCUGAUGGCGACGGCGAGGCACCGCGGCGGGAACGGGGGUGCCACCGGUGGCAGUGGCCGGAACAGCAAAUCAACAAGUUGUGGCUCGUCGAGUCCAAUUUUGAAAAAGUACCGACGAAGGCGCUGCUGGAACUGCUGCGAACCGUUUUGCUACGGGUUGGCGGCCAUCACGGUGCUGAUUGGACUGAUCGUGCUGGCCGCCCUGCUGCUGACCGCAUUCCCAGCUCCGCUGCAGAAGAUCAAGGUCUGGUUCCACAAGGAGUCCCCGUUCGGCGGAAGUGCCAAGUUCGGCAGCUUCCUGUACAGCGAAGGCGGAGGAGACAACAGCAACAACAACAACACGUCCGGGCUGGAGAUGGUUCCGUGCACGCAGAUUACGGUGCAGAAGGUUUGGUCGCGGGUCAUCGCCCGGGUCAACAGCGAGAGUCCGUUGCGGAAGGUGGAUGUGAAUGGGGACGGGGUUAUGGACUUGGUCGUUGGGUACGGGAUCGACGAGAUGAUUGACGACGCACGUGGGUACAUUCCGAGGUGUACCUCGCUGAAGACGGGACUCACGGAUAUGUGCGGGGGUGGGUUGAUGGCGUUGAACGGGAUCAACGGGGAGACGUUGUGGCAGAGGUGGACCUCGUUUACGAUCUUUUCGCUAAAGUGUACGAUCGACAUCAACUCGGACGGGCAGAGUGACUGCGUGGCGGCGGGGCGGGGAGGGUUGAUCCUGGCCGUGGACGGGAGAAAUGGGAAUAUUUUGUGGGAGCUUAAAGACUAUUCGGAUUUGGAGAGCUACGCUGAAACCAGCAUCGACCUGUACACGAUCAAUGUGGUGCGAGAUUUGAACAACGAUGGGAUAGCCGAUGUGCUGGCGGUUCACGUUGAAGAAACGCAACGAGCUCACGGAGGACACAUCAAGCUGAUUUCCGGGGCAACGGGAAUCAUCCUGAAGAGCGUUCCGACGCCGUAUCGAGAGGAAAUGUUCGUUCCGAUUCAGCAGUUGAUGGGUAAGGACGGUGCGGAGCAGUUUCUGAUGGUGUCUGGAGGACAGAAUUCUCCCGGGGGAAUCUACACGCUGAAGCAGGAGAACUUGAUGAAGUUUGUUGGCGAGAAGGACUUUGAACCGGUGAUGCGCAUCGACUCGUCUGGGUUUAUGGUUCCCGCGGUGUUGACAGAUCUGAACGGAGACUCGGUGGAGGACAUCGUAAUCAGCUCGUUCAACUCGACGAUCUACGCUUUUGACGGGAUGAACAAAACUCAGCUGUGGUCGUAUUCGAUUCCAGCUUCCGAGAGCGUCAGCUCGAUCGUGCCCGGCCACUUUGACCACGACAACGUGACCGAUUUCAUGGUCAAGUACAACACCGGUGCCGGAUUCCCCGUGUACUUCUACUCGCAGACGACGAUCCUCAACGGAACGAACGGGCAGCCGUUCCUGGACAGCAGCGUAAAGGACUCGGGCGGUCCAAACAGCCUUCUCGGUGGACUCUCAAUCUCCCAAACCGGCGGAGGAGACUUUUUCCUGCACUGGCAGCUCCAGUGCCGGAACAAGUACGAAACGACCGACGAGUACCGGUUCAUUCCGGAGAGCGAUAUCAUUCAGCAGUCCCGCGCGGACACCUGCAUGCUCCGGUACAACCAGUCCAGCGUGCUCAAGCUGUACGCCAUCAACCGGCACGUGGAGCCGCCGGGCGCGGUGAUCUUCUCCAGCGACGACCUCCAGAUCCGGCUGAACGAAACGGCCAGCGAGCAGCUGCGCGAGAGUUACGUGGCCCCGAUCAAGCAUCCGAAGAUGAAGCUCAAGGUGAAGGACGACGGUCGGAAGGCCAGCGAGAGUCAGCAGCAGCAGUCGCAGUCGCAGCAAACGCAGUCGGUUCGGAUGGACAAGAAGCUGGACCAGAAGGUGGCGCCGGGGGAGGAGCUUGAUGAUGGCGCGAAUGUGGGCGUGGUGAUGACCGGUCCCAAUAAGGUGGCCAGUGAGAUGAGGAGGCAGAAGCUGCGCGAGCAGAUGUUGAACACGAACAGGAUUCCGGAAGCGCUGGAGGUUGAGGAGGAGAACAAGCGGCAGGAGAAGCUGAACAUGAACGAUGUGUACAAGAAGUACGCGUACAACUCGAACAACCCGAUGGGGGAGGACGUAGAGAAGCCGUACAUCUACGUGCCGUAUGAUGAUCCGAUCAAUCCGGAUUUGCGAACCCAGUUUCUGCAGUCCCAGAUGCAGCUGCCGGACUACUCCGAGCGGGACUACAACGCAGCCGGUAUCGAUGAAGACAAUCGACCGUAUCGACCGCGUCCUGCUCCUCGUUACAAAGAUAUUGGAGCUCGGCAGCAGCAGCAGUACUCGGGAGGACGCGAUGUUCGGAGCAAGUUUGGAGGAUUCGACGAGGUUGACCUGCACGAUCCCAAUUUGGAGGAGCAGGUUUUCAACGAAACCAAUCCCAACUCGCAGAUCGUUAAGAAAGUUCUGCUGAACGAUGAGAUUUUAGAGGCACUCAAGGAGAAUGAUAGUGGCACUAAGGGAUCAAAGGAGACGCUCUGGGACUUGGAGAUGGAAAAGGAAGCGAAGGAGGCCAUCAAUGAUGUAACCUCCCUGAACUACGACUACAACAAAGAGAAGCGCCAAGCUGACCAGAAGACCAACGACACAACAACCCCGACGACGCCCACUCCAGCGACCCCAGAAGCUCCCCCCAACGAGAACAUCCUACCGUCAAUCUCCUCCACCGGAGUCCUCCUCAAGUCGCUCAACAGCUCCGCGGCCAGCCCCACCAUCGACUACGUGUUCGUGAUGAACAUUCGCGAGUCCGAGGUCUACCCGCCGCUGAUGAUGGAGCAAGACCUGGACUGCCUGCGGGAAAAGGCCGCCGGCUACCAGACCUACACCCCGGACGACCUGCCCCAGCUGGAGAAGAAGCUGCUGAAGCAGUGUCUUCGCGCGCGGCUCCCGAAUCUCAAACCCACCUACCAGAAGUUCGAAACGCAGAUCAUCGUGACGCGCGUCGAGAUUGGCUGUUCGUGCGGAAGCGAGCUGAACCCGGCCCGCGAGGUUUGCUCCAAGCUGCACAGUUACGACCAGCAGCGGUGGACCGAGUACAUGGGCAAUGCCGGCAGUGGCCGAUACUGAGAUCGGGGCGGAGAGGGUGAGAUGAUGGUCUGAGGCUGGUAAGAAGCUGGAGCUGUGGGAAAACGCGCCGUAAUUUCUCUGAACUCUGAUUUGAAACUCCCUUUCUUCGCAAGCUUACUUGAACCCUUACAGCAUUCACAGGACCUAGCAGUUUCCAUUCUUCCACACAAGAAUCAGCAGAACAAACAAAAAAACUAUUGUACAAACAACUGUAAUCUAUACUACUAAAUAAUAGAUUUCUUUUAGAUUCUUCACUAAACAGACAAAAAAAAGUAUUUAAAACUAUAUUUAAAUUGAUAAAAAGCAAAAGACAAUUCAAUCAAAGCAUUUGUAACAUGGUAUAACAAACAAUCUAGCACUCUAGCAUUAAGAAGGUAUCGCAAACGGAAACGGAAAUUAUGGGGAUGGGCAGGUGUGUGAUUGGAGAAAGAUAAACCAAAUUCAUAUAAUAAAAAAAAUACAAAAAGAAAUAAGAGAAGUAGAAUAGAACAAUGCAUCAAGAGCUAACUUAAACAUAUUUGAAUGCAUAUAGAAGACAGUAUAUAAACCAAAGCACAGCAGAUACAGAAACUUUCAUAUUUUUAUUUUAUAACAGACAAAAUAACUAAAGUGUAUAGCUAAGUGGGCAACAAAUGAAUUUAGGAGUCAAACGUAUAGUGAAUGCAUGUUAAGCUAGGGAUUUGAAAAGUGUAAAUAAAGGUGAAAGGUAUAUCAAA